AUGGUUCUUCACAACCCCAACAACUGGCACUGGGUGAACAAGGAUGCCGCACCCUGGGCUCGCGCUUGGCUUGACCAAAACCUCACCGUGCUCAGCGCUGAGGACGGUGGUGUGUCCGCCAAAGUAGAGAAGGUGACCUCCAUGGAUGGCGACGUAGACGUCAGCCAGCGCAAGGGAAAGGUCAUCACCCUGUAUGAUGUCAAGCUGUCGCUAGAGUAUUCAGGUAAGACCAAGGACGAGGAGGAUGUCACCGGCUCCAUCAGCAUUCCCGAGGUAGCCCACGACACCGAGGAGGAUGAGUACGUCUUCGAGAUCGAAAACCACGCAGAUGCCUCUUCCAAGCAGCCCGUAAAGGACCUCGUCCGGUCGAAGAUCCUGCCUCAGCUCCGCCAAACCCUGGCCCAGCUCACCAAUGCUCUGGUUACCGAGCACGCCAAGGACCUCCAGCACGCUCCUGGCGUCAACCCGUCUGCCGGUUUCCCCAAAGCCUCUAUUCACCCCCAGGCCAACAAGAAGGAGGAUGCCCCGGCCGCGACCACCACCACCUCGACCACCGGCAAGGUCGCCGUCAACACCACCACCGUGACCGCCUCAGAUGAGAUGCGCACCACCGCCGAGGAACUCUACAACACCUUCACAGACCCCCAGCGUAUCGCUGCUUUCACUCGCGGAGCUCCCCGUCAGUGGGACGGCGCCAAGGUCGGUGGCAAGUUCGCUAUCUUCGAUGGCAAUGUCUCCGGCGAGUUCGUCAAGCUUGAUGCCCCCAAGCAGAUUAUUCAGACAUGGCGCCUUGCUCAGUGGCCUGCCGACCACUACAGUACCCUCGAGAUCAACCUCGACCAGAACGACGUCGACGGCGUCACCCAGCUGCGCGUCUCCUGGUCCGGCGUCCCUGUCGGCCAGGAGGAUGUCACCAAGCAGAAUUGGGAGCUGUACUACGUGCGCAGCAUCAAACAGACCUUCGGGUUUGGCACUAUUCUCUGA